UACCAGCUGCAGCUUUUAUUCGAACUUUUGAACUCUUCUUUCUCUCCAUGCUCUUUUCUCUCUGCUGCUUCAUCGCUUUAAACAAAUUUGUGGGUCAUUUUCCCCUUUCUCCAUUGCUUUGCAUUUCAGUUUCUGUGCUGAAAAAGCUUUCUCUGGUCUCUCAUGGCUUAAGAUUUCAUCAUUUCUUUUAUAAGCUCUUCAGGUCUCAAGAUUUCAACGAACUAAUUCCGUUUCGGGCACAGACUCUUCGACAUUCAAGUUCGGAAAAUGCCGAGAUCUAGGGGCUCGGAAAUGCCAACAAGGCAAUCACCUCGAGGAACUCAUCAGGUUAAGUCAUCAAGUUCUGAUUCAGACCCUCUGCACCAUAGACCGGUUACUGAUCGGAUUAGUCCCAAGGUCGGAGAUCGUCGUUUCCCGAGAGGUGCUUCGCAAUCUGAUCCACUGAACCAGAAGAAGCUCGGCACUCGCAUUGCGGAUUUAGAAUCUCAACUCGGGCAAGCACAAGAAGAGCUGAAGAUUCUGAAAGACCAGUUGGUUUCAGCUGAAGCUGCAAAGAAAGAAGCGCAACAAGAGCUGGAAAAUAAGACCAAGAAGCCAAAAGCUCCGGAAUCCGUUGAACCAAAUGAAAAGAUUUCUCCAAAAAGAACUCGAGAUAAUAAGAAAUCAGACUGCAGCAUCAGAGAUGAGGUUCCUGAUUAUAAUCAGCGAGAAACUGAUGUUUUUGAAGUCCCAGUGGAAAAAGCAGUGAUUGAGUCCAAGGUGGAAGUCGAAGAAGUCGAACAAGCAGAAGAAAAAAACAAAGCAAUAGAGACAUCAAUUGCAUCGCCGGCAGAAUCCGAGCUGGAGAAACCAUCUUUGCAUGACUUGGCUACAAAAUAUGAUGAGAUGAAUAUGCUAAAGUACAAGCUAGAAGAGAAAGAAAAGGGGCUUAGCCUGUUUACUAAAGAAAACGAGAACCUGAAAAAACAGCUCAAUGAAGCAACCUCAAACAUUUCGAAUGCUAAUGCCAAGGAAGAAGAAAUGAGUUUGAAGUUGGGCCAAGUAGGGAAGGAGAUGGAAGCGAGUAAAAAAAAUUUAGCUCAAUUGAAGGAAAAGCUCCAAUCAGUGGAAGAGCAAAAGGAAGCAUUGGAAGCAGAGAUGAAGAAGCUAAGGGUACAAACUGAACAGUGGAGAAAAGCAGCGGAUGCCGCAGCAGCUAUUCUCUCUGGGGGCAUGGAAAUGAAUGGGAGGAUUUCAAACCGGUGUAGCUCAAUGGAUAAGCAUUUUGGUGGUGUGUUCGAGACUCCAGUUGCUGGUGGUUUUGCAGGUUAUGUCGGAUCACCAGCCUUAGGUGAUGAAAUAGAUGAUGGUUUCGGAAGUGGAAAGCGCAAAGGCUCCGGGAUUAAAAUGUUCGGAGACUUGUGGAAAAAGAAGAGCCAGAAAUAAAACUUUAUAGCAGCUCAUAUAAUUGUUUGAAAUGGUUGCUCACCGUUUCAGUUUUUGUUGAUCAUGUGUUUCUGUUGUUGCAGCAGGUCUGGCUGCCAUAUCUCAUGCUCAGUAGGUAGUAUUGCUCCUGCAAAGUUAUGUAAAACCACCAAGGAUGAUGAUCUUUACUGUGUUCUGGUGUUAUUAAUGAAUUAGGUAUGGGGACACAUGUUACUUAAGGGGCAUUUCUUGAAGCAGCUUGUACAAGGUUCCAUC